UGGCGGCCAUGGAAUCGAUUUGUUUCUAAAUUCCUGAAAUUUGUUGCUUCAAAAGCAUCAUACAUGUCGUAAUCACAUAAAUCUACAGACUUGAAGCCUUACAAUGGAAGAACAAUACAUAGAGGAUGUGUCCGCAUCUCUUGUACGAGAAUAUCUUGCCCGAAAGGGCUUGAAGAUGACAUUGAAGAUAAUGGAUGAGGAGAUGCCUCGAACAGCGGGAAGCAUCAGCAACCGAGUGGCACUUGCCAAGGAAGUAAAGAUUGAGAAGAUGAUGAAGGUUAAUAAGGAGAAAGACGCACCUUUCCGUACGAUGAUCGAAGUAAUGGCAAAACAUCUGAUCGAUUCUGGUGCCGAACAGACGAAGCCAGUUGUGAAUAAUUCCGCUCCUACAAAAAAGCCGACGUCAGCAGGCAGUCAUGGCAGCAGUGAUGAUAGGUCGCGUGGAGCGUCAUCGUCGCCACCGCAGACAGCGACAAGAAGUCCGAAAAAACCUGUUGCAGCUGGUCUGAAGAAAAGCAGGGGGGAUCUUGUUCUGGAAGACGCAGACGAGUCUGAAACACUUCUUGGCGAUGGGACGGACAACUUGAUAACGGCUGCCCCGGAACCAGUCGUCGCGAAUGUACAGAUCCCCACACCGAGGCCAAGAUCUGCCAGGAGGGGCGUUGGAAUGGCCGGAGCGAUCUCGAGCAAUAUUGACGAGCGAGAUAAACGCGGGAAGCGUACCGUCCACAAACCGAUGAGCUACCCUCAACAAAACGCGUAUAAAUUGGACUCGCCAAGCAAUGAAAUCGUAAACGACUUAGACUUAGGUGCUGUAACUGGGAAAAAAAGCCCCUUAAAAGACGAAUUAAGAAUUGAGAGUCCGCUAAAACUUCGAAAUGACAGUCCUAUAAAACACUCGGUGCGGGCGUCGAGGGAACCGAUUGUGGACGUUUUAGCGGCAGACCCACCGCCACGGUCAUAUGGACCAAUCAAGAGCAGACGCUUGAACAAACCUGUAUCACAUGACGCGGAGCCGGAGGAGGAAUCGAUUCUGAGCGUGAGGGGCGAGCGAUUAAGGUAUGGGCGCCGAUCAUCGUCAACUGAAGGUGAAAAAUUAGUGGAAAAAUAUGACGUUCAUACGUCGAGUAUAUGUGAGCGCCCGCCUACGCGAGGGGAGAACAGAAUGAAGGAUCCGGACAGGUCAAAACCUGCCCCAACGCCAACCCGUGUUGGAGACAUCGAGAUUGGGGACAUCGAUGACCUUGACACUGAAGUCGGUGACCUUGAGAUCAGUCGACCUAUAUCUUCAAGGUCAAACGUUGCUGCUGUUGAUGCCAAACCCAUAGAUUUACAAACUGCCAUUGAUUUGAAGAUGUUUAUAUUUGGUUCUGCGAACGGAAGCUUUAAUGACGAGUGGCGAGAUCAGAGCUUUAGCUUCUGCGAUUUGCCGGAAUUACAAUAUGGGAUUGUGCAGAAAAAGGGUGGACCAUGUGGUGUGCUAGCCAGUGUUCAGGCAUGCUUUCUUCAAGAGCUUCUCUUUACUGACGGGAAAAAUAAUGGCCACAGAAGUUUAAAACCGCCACGGCAUAGAAGAAGUGAAAAGUUAGCCACAUCAUUGAGCAACAUAUUUUGGCGAGCAGGGGAACAUAAGCGUGCCGUCGUUACACUGCCUGGGGGGAGGACGAUGUUUCCUAGUAGCGUGCGAUACAAGGCAGACGGACUAACAGAAACGUUAACGUUGAAUAGAUUUGACAAGAAGGAUGAUCUGACUCAGUUUAUGAUGAAGUGCAUCUCACAGUUUGAGCUCGAUGGGAACAGCGGAGUUGUGCUGGCUCUCUAUUCUGCCAUUCUGUCAAGGUCAAUAAAAAGUAUAAAACUCGACAUGGAUGAGGCAGAUAAUAAGUUGAUGGGAGCUCAUUGCUACUGUACGCAAGAAAUGGUCAACUUAUUACUCACGGGUCUCGCGGCGUCGAACGUAUUCAACGGCGUGAUAGAGUUGGGCGAGGGCGGUACGUCGACAAUAUUACGCGGAAUUUCGAGUCGGAGCGAUAUCGGUUUGAUGUCGUUGUUUGAACACUACAAGUCGUGUCAGGUUGGCACGUUCAUGAAGACGCCCAUCUACCCCAUCUGGGUCAUUUGUAGUGAGAGUCACUUCAGCGUACUAUUCUCCCUCAACAAACAGUUAGUCAACGACUGGAAGGCCGAGCGGCAGUUUGAUCUUUACUAUUACGACGGUCUCAUGCGGCAAGAGGAAGAAAUUAAAUUAUCAAUAGACACCACAGGUAGAUUCUACGAAGCCCCAUCUGACGAAGACUUGGUGCCACCUCUGGAGCAUUGCAUUAGGACCAAGUGGCCUGAAGCUGCGAUUGAUUGGAAUGGGGCUGAACCAAUUCUUUGAAAGACUGGAACGCUUGAGGUGAAAGUUUCAGCCAUUGACCAGUCUCCUUGGUAGUUGUUGAAGUCCCUCUCGUGUCGUGUCCAUUGCCAGGCGGCUGUAAGGCCUUAUAUCCAUGCCGACAGUGAGAGGAUCUUGCAAUUUAUUUCAAGCUUUGAAGUUGGAAGAUACAUCUUCAAUGUACUGGCAUUGCUCAGCUUCAAGACAACUUGCGUCAAGACCUUGAUGAAGAGUAGAUUUGCGUCGAAACUUAUGCAGUGUCGAGAGAAGAUUUAAAGGGCAAACCAUGUGAAGUUGUUUUCAAAUCCAGUCAAUAUUAGCAGCGCUAAUAUGAACUAAUAAGACCUACUCUUGUGCUGUGAAAGAUGAUGUGACACCGUCCAAUACAUAGGAAUGUUUACAUUACAUGGUUUACUCAUGUAGUGUUUACAUUACAUGGUUUACUCAUGUAAUGUUUACAUUACAUGGUUUUCUCAUGUAAUGUUUACAUUACAUGGUUUA